AUGGUGCAACUUGUCGACGAUUUGUUCCGCAUGCGGAUGCUUGUGGCGGGCGUUUAUCUUGGCAUUGCCAUUUCCUCUACUUACAGCUUCAGUAUAUUCACCGGGCAUCUGAGAAACAAGUACCGAUUCUCGCAGACCGAUAUCACGACUAUCAGCACUGUUGGGAACUGUGUUGGAUACUGCACCUUUCUUGCCGGUAUGCUGUUUGACUUCGCCGGGCCCAUGGCCGUGAUUCCGCUCGCGGGGCUUCUUGCCUUCGUGGGCUUUGGUCUGUUUGGCCUGGCGUUUGACGGCUACGUCGUUUCCAACCCGACUGCGGUUCAUUUCUCCAUCUUUAGCGGUAUCCUGUCUUUUGGUUGCCCUGCUCUGGAUGGCGCCGGUGCAAUGCCGCUGAUGUUGCAACUCCCUAUUGAUCGCGGGUACGUUGUCAUGAUCCAGAAGACGUUCAGUGGGCUUGGCACGUCGGUGCAGAUGGCGUAUUUCAACGGCUGGUUCAAAGCAGCUGAUUCUAAUGAUCUGAAUGACAACAACUACUCCGGCUACGCGUACUUCAUCGGUGCACAGGCUCUGCUCUGCGCACUUGUCGGCACUUACUUUGUUCGGCUUCCGAUGUACUUCCCGUGCGACUGGACGAAGAAGCGGCUGAGCGCGGAGGAGUGGGCCGAGCGAUCUGGGACGCUUGAGCUCUACAUGAAGCAGCGUGCCCCCAUCCGGCGGCUGAGGAUUGGAUUUGCGCUGGUUCUUGCCGUGCUUGUCUUCUCUACCACGCAGUCGAUUACGACGGCGUACGUGAAGACGUCUCAUGGGGGCUACCUGGCGAUUGCGAUCAUUGCCGUGGCGCUGCUGGCGUCGUUCUCCGUGAUAGCGCUGCCGUUCCAGUUCCUGGGCCGCUACACGCCUGUGAAGCCGACGCACAUGGAGGGCAUCGGGGAGGCGGCCACCGAACAGCUGGACGGGUCGGCACCUGUGGAUGAAGUGAACAGUGAGGAUGCCGAUGAGAGCGGGACGGGGAGGGUGGUAAACCGUGUGGCGCCGCAGUAUCAUGGCUCCUUCUGGGCUCAUUUGCUGACGGUCGACUUGUGGGCGCUUUGGUUUACCUGCUUCGGUAUGUGGGGCACAGGCACGGUUAUGCAGAUGAACGCCGCGCAGAUCUACCGCAGCAAGAAUUACGGUGAGGUGGACACCCCGACGCUGACGCUGUACGUUGCCAUCAUGUCUGUGGGAAGCGCCAUUGGGCGCAUGUCCAUGGGGAUUCUCGACCUGAAACUCACCGCAAUGCACAGGGCAGGCAAANACCGUGUGGCGCCGCAGUAUCAUGGCUCCUUCUGGGCUCAUUUGCUGACGGUCGACUUGUGGGCGCUUUGGUUUACCUGCUUCGGUAUGUGGGGCACAGGCACGGUUAUGCAGAUGAACGCCGCGCAGAUCUACCGCAGCAAGAAUUACGGUGAGGUGAACACCCCGACGCUGACGCUGUACGUUGCCAUCAUGUCUGUGGGAAGCGCCAUUGGGCGCAUGUCCAUGGGGAUUCUCGACCUGAAACUCACCGCAAUGCACAGGGCAGGCAAAACACGGGUGCUGACGACGAUCGCAAUGCCGCUGUGUCCGCUUCUCCUUGUUUUGGCAUACCUUUUCUUUGCUGUCCUGCCGCAGCAGGCGCUGAUUCUGCCGUUCUUGCUUGGCGCCAUGGGCAAUGGUGCUGGCUGGGGCGUGGGUCUCCUAGCAGCCCGCAUGAUGUACUCUCGCGACGCCGGAAAGCACUACAAUUUCUUGUUUUCUUCCGGGUUUGUGUCAACAAUUGCACUGAACCGCUUCAUGUUCGGUGAGAUGUACGACGCAGAGGCAAGCAAGCGCCCGGAGGCCCCGGAAUGUGAUCAUCCUGUGUGCGUGNGCCAUGGGCAACGGCGGUGGCUGGGGCGUGGGUCUCCUUGCAGCCCGCAUGAUGUAUUCCGAGGACAUCGGGAAGCACUACAAUUUCUUAUGUUCUUCCGGUUUUGUGUCAACAAUUGCACUGAACCGCUUCAUGUUCGGUGA